AAUGCGCAGGCCCCCGCCGCCCUGGCCGCGCACCCCAAGCUCUUUCUGCUGGAGAACGCCAAGCUUGCUGGCCUGGCCGCGGACAAGUUCCCCCAUCCGGCCCCCUAUCCGCAUAAGGAGCGCUUGCCGGCGCCGCUGGAGCAGGUGCUGAAGGAGAACUCGGCCCUGACCGCCGAGCGCGGCGGCGUCAAGGGCCACAGCAAGCUGCCCGGGGGCUCCGCAGAUGGCAAGCCCAAAAACUUCACCUGCGAGGUGUGCGGCAAGGUGUUUAACGCGCACUAUAACCUCACCCGCCACAUGCCGGUCCACACCGGAGCCAGGCCGUUCGUGUGCAAAGUCUGCGGCAAAGGCUUUCGCCAGGCCAGCACGCUCUGCAGACACAAAAUUAUCCACACCCAGGAAAAGCCGCAUAAAUGCAACCAGUGCGGCAAAGCCUUCAACCGCAGCUCCACGCUCAACACGCACAUCCGCAUCCACGCAGGCUACAAGCCGUUCGUCUGCGAAUUUUGCGGCAAAGGCUUUCACCAAAAAGGGAACUACAAGAACCACAAGCUGACCCACAGCGGCGAGAAGCAGUACAAAUGCACCAUCUGCAACAAGGCCUUCCACCAGGUCUACAACCUGACCUUCCAUAUGCACACCCACAACGACAAGAAGCCUUUCACGUGCGCCACUUGCGGCAAAGGGUUUUGCAGAAACUUUGACUUAAAGAAACAUGUGCGCAAACUCCACGACAGCGUGGGCCCCGCUGCCCCCUCGGCAAAGGACCUGACUAGGACAGUGCAGAGCUGAGAGCUGCAGCCUUGCCUUCCCUUCCCACCCCGUACCUACCCCAAACAGAUCACACGUAUAAACUUAUUUCUAAAAUUAAAAGAAAAAGAAAAACUAUAGCAGAGAGGCUAAAAUCUAUUUAUCGAAACCAGCAUAUUUUUGGAAAGCUAAACGUUUCCUCGAUGACUGGCAGCAAACGCGUGGCUCCCACCUUUGUAUAUUCAAGAAACGUAUUUAAAUCCAGUGCGCCGAAACGUAUUUAAUUUCAGGCCUCCGCUUCUCCUCGGGCAGCCGGUAUUAACCCCAACCUGUCACCGUGAGCGCCCCAGAAGAGCGCGGCGCCCCCGGCCAUCUUUAUACAGCCAUGUAAAUCCUCCUGUACAAGCGAACACGGAAUAUAUACGUAUAUAACUCAAUAAACACAAUCAUUAG